AUGAAGCCCACCGACUCUAGCACAAAACAGCAUCAUGCCGGCAAACCCAAUGCUUUACGGCGUCAUUGGAAACUACUUGCCAUCGCAGGCGCGUUUCUUAUCGUCGCCAUCGGGCUCGGCGUCGGCCUAGGCGUCGGAUUGACGCAGAGAGGCGGUCACGACGACUCUGACCAAGACAAUGACAACAACUCAGGCUCAAACUCAGACCCAGACUCAGACAAUCACAACCGCACAAGCACAUGGCAGCCCAGCGUCAACGCGACGUGGCAAAUCGUGCUCCAGGGCGCCAUCAAGCUCACAAACGGAUCCGCCAGCCCGGAUGUGGCCAUCUGGGACCUCGACCUCUUUGACAACGACGCAGAGACAUUCAAGGCGCUGCAGGGCCGCGGGAAGAAGGUCAUUUGCUACUUCAGCGCCGGUUCGUACGAGGAUUUCCGGCCGGAUAAGGGCCGGUUCAACGAGUCGGAUCUGGGCAAGCCCCUUGACGGAUGGCCCAACGAGCGCUGGCUGGACCUCAACAGCGACAAUGUUCGCAGCAUCAUGAGGGACCGCAUCAAGCUCGCCUCGUCCAAGGGAUGCGAUGCCAUUGACCCCGACAACGUCGACGGUUAUCAAAACGACAAUGGGCUGAAUCUCACGGCCCAAGACUCGAUCAACUAUCUCCAGUUCCUGCACACCGAGGCCAGCUCGUACCACAUGGCCAUUGGCUUGAAAAACGCCGGUGGCAUCAUCCCCAAGGUGCUCGACUUUAUCAACUUUUCCGUCAACGAGCAGUGCGCCGAGUUUUCAGAGUGCGAGACGUUUGCCCCCUUUAUCAAGGCCGGUAAGCCUGUCUUCCACAUCGAGUAUCCCAAGGGAGCCCCUGCCAUCGAUGCCGCGCGUGCUGCCGAUCUGUGCUCGCAUCGAGGCAUUGGGGCCGGGUCUGGGAAUUUCAGCACGGUGCUGAAGAAGAUGGACCUGGACGGGUUUGUGCAGUACUGCGAUGGGAAGCGAUACGACACUGCAUUGGAUUCAUAA